UGUCAAAAAUACACUGCAACACAGAACACAGCAACUGUGAGACAGAGGAAAGAAAAGCCAGGUUUUGCUUCCUGUUUUUCAAAGGAAAUAAGGUAUAGAUCCGAAGACGGGUCAAAUUCUUUCUUUGCAAAGACAAAGGAACCUGAAAAGCUGUAGUUUCCCGUUUAGAUUUGGGUAAUAGCAGCCAAUCCAUUGAGAGCAGAGAUAGAAGGCUGCUUUCACUUUCACUCCUUUUCCUGCCCAGAGAGCCUCAGCAGCAACAGCCGACAAGACAUCACCCCAAGGUCCGGCCCUACGACAAAACGGGGAUGGCCGGCAAUAGGGUGAACGACUUUAUUGAGGACUUGAAGGGAAAGAAGGUGUUAACAAAGCAAGAGUUACGUGCAUUAGGGAAAAGAGUGGACCUCAUCGUGGAUAAGACUGAAGGCCUGAUUGAUGGUCUCAAUGAGAAAUCGGGAAUAGUAGGAAAAAUGUUAGUGAAAAGUAUCUUCGGUCCCAAAGGCGAGCUGGCUUUAGAAAUUCUUGAUGAAAUUGAGAAUUAUGACUCUGACAACAGCGGGUCAUAUUCCUCUUCGACAGUAUUUCAGGUAACCCAGGCUUCCCAAAUCAAUGUGCUGAAGCUUUGUCCUUGUAUCCAUUUUAAGGAACCAAAGACAAUAAUGGCACAUGAGAUCUAUCCAGUGAUGGAGAAGAAGAGCCGAAUGCGCCUGGCUCUCAUCAUUUGCAAUAGAACAUUCGAUUAUCUUUCUGAGCGAGAAGGCUGUGAAAAGGACAUUUCGGGGAUGCGAGAUCUGCUGGAGAACCUUGGAUAUUCAGUGGUUAUAAAGGAAAAUCUCACCGCUCAGGAAAUGAAGGUCGAGCUGAAGCACUUUGCCACCCGCCCAGAGCACCGCUUCUCAGACAGCACGUUCCUCGUGUUCAUGUCACACGGCAUCCUGGACGGGAUCUGUGGGACAAAGCACAGGGAGGAAGAGCCAGAUGUCCUUCACGACGACACCAUCUUCCAGAUUUUCAACAAUCGCAACUGCAGGAACCUAAAAGACAAACCGAAGGUCAUCAUCAUGCAGGCCUGCCGAGGCAAAGGCAACGGGGCCGUCUGGGUGACAGAUGUGGGAGAAGCCUGUGCAUGGCCGGAAAACCAGCCCUCAGCACCCUACAUCUUCAGUGAUGCCGUACAAAAGACCCAUGUGGAGAAGGACUUCAUCGCUUUCAAAUCUUCGACUCCACAUAACGUUUCCUGGAGACUGAACACAGAUGGCUCUGUCUUCAUCUCCCAUCUUAUCCGCUACUUCAAAAUGUAUUCUUGUUGUCAUCAUUUGGAGGAGAUUUUCCGAAAGGUUCAAUAUUCAUUUGAGACUCCAAAUAUAAUUACCCAGAUGCCCACGAUUGAGAGACUCUCCAUGACACGAUAUUUCUACCUCUUCCCUGGGAAUUAAAACUCAUACACAGCAUCUCAGUCUUAAUGUCUCUCAAGGACCUACCUACUGAAUGGAAGAUAUUUAGUUCCGAAGCUUGCACAAAAAAACUGGAUGUUCAUAUACAGCUGGCGUGAGGCGUCCUCCCAGGGAAGUCAGUUUGGCUGAGUUUCAUUCCUCCUGUGUUUGUGAUGAGGACUGCCUGUACCACAGUGUCAGUUGGAGGCUGCUGGGUGUGCACCGAGGCAAUGAGACCCUAGUGCGGACCUCCCCCUCUGGGGGUGACAGGCCCAUAGCCCUUUUGUGAAGGCACAACUCAUGGUAGGCAUCAGUUCUGUUUAUGCCUUACCUCCUAUAACCCCUUUCCUUAUGUUUCCUUCUCUCUACUUUUCCAGGGAAACUGGGCCAUUAUGUACUCGACGAACCUACUACUUUAAAAGGGCAAUGUCUGCUCGUGAAUAUUUUUAUACGAAACUUCCCAAAUGCCCACCUUCAACCAAGGCCAAGUGAAAAUCAAUGUCAUAUUGUUGCUGAGUUAGUACUUACUACAUUUUUAAAAAAUUAUGUUUGUUUUCUCACGUUAUUGUAAGGGUAAAACAUUUUCAUUGCAAAACAAAGUUUAAGUAUACAAAAACAUUUAAAAAGUAUUUAAUGAAUAAGUGAUUACAUUAAUAGGUGUCCUGGUAUUAGGCAAAGAUCAUAUUCUCGGGAUAAACUCUUCUCUGUUAUAAAGGAUCAUUCACAUACUCUCCAUUUGGAAGACUAUUACUAACAUUUGACUUGGGACAUUUACAUUAUAGACUGAAUUCUCAUUUAUUUUGACUCAUUUCUAACUUGGCCAUAGGAUAUUUUGAUAAUAUUUUUAAAUGAACUACAAGUAGUAUUUUUUUUUUUGAUUCCUAGAAUGUGAAAAAUCUUUGUCCCUGAGUUCACUUAUGAGUUCUCCUAAAAACAUAUACAAAGGCGAGUGUGAAUUUAUUUCUUAGUAGUAUGUUUUUAUUAUCAAAAUGUUGAUUUUUUUAAAAAAAGUACCCAUACAUAUCUGCAUCUGUAUACUCAUUAACUUUCAAACUAUAGAUGAAAGCCAAUGUGUAUAAUCACUAAAAAAAAAACAAAAACAAAAAAACAAAAAAAACCUUUAUUUUGUUUGAAUCUUGAGAACAAGGAGAUUAUGUAAAAAUAUCCCUUUAGAACUGAAAGUGACAAAGAGGGAAGUGAAAAUCAAGUUCCAUGAAAUGAUUUAUGUUCUCUCUCUUCCAUCCUGUGGUCUUACUUCCUCUCUCUCUACAUACACAAACUCACAGAUGAAUUUAGAAAGCUAACUGUGUAAGAUACUCUAUGACCUGUACUUGUGUUGAUUCAAAAUUACCAUCUAGGAUUAAAGGGAGAUGUGAAGCAUCAGUAAUAUACAUAGCCUAAGCUUAAGAGGGUGGGGGAAGGCGAUCAAGGGCUGACUGGGGGCUGGGUAGAGUCUCCUUCCUGUCCCUUUUCACUCAGCCCCUUAUAUUCUGAAGGUCACAUCUCCAGCUGUUGGAGCUACACCUCUGAAGGUCAAAAAAAGUGCAGCCUAGUCAGCAAGAAAGA